UGCCACCUGUCAGUGUCCAUCAAUGCCAGCUCUCAUCCAUGCCACCUGCCAGUGCCCAUCAGUGCCACAUCAAUGCCACAUAUCAGUGCCUACCAGUGCACAUCAAUGCCACAUAUCAGUGCCCAUCUGAGCUGCCUUUCAGUGUCACCCAUCAGUUCCAGUCAAAGCCACCUAUCAAUGCCAGUCAGUGCCACCUAUCAGUGCUGCCAAUCAGUGCCAGUCAGUGCCGCCUAUCACUGCCUAUUAGUGCCGCCUAACAGUGCCAGUCAGUGCCACCUAACAGUGCCGCCUAUCAGUGCUGCCUUUCAGUGCCCAUCAGUGAUGCCU